AUGGGCGCAUCCUCUUGGGCCAUCCCUGUCGGCGUCCUCGGCGGUCUCUGCCUAAUCUGUCUGGCCUUCAUCUGGUGGUACAUCCCCAGACUCUACACCAGAGGCGUGCAAGCAGACAUCAACCGUGUGGCUGCCGAGAAACAAGAGCGUGAGCGUCAAGCUGCGGCGUUGCGGGAGGCGAAUGGAGAGAUUCCUGACUUGGAGGCUGGUGGUGCGCAGGUUGUGACGCCGGUGGAAAUGUGGGUCAUUACUCAAUAA